GUUCGUUAGUAAUUACACGACGAGAGAUACGUUUUGGUUGGGUAUCGUACCGUAGAACUUGGUCGUGUCUGAAUACUGUUUGGGUGUGGCGUUUGUUUUUAUAGGAUCUGGUGUAACAUCGUCGAUAAUUAUUCUCAUCGAAGACUGUUCAGUAGUUACAAAAGGAAGAAAAGUUUGAAUUCACAGUGGUGGCUGCAAGUUUGGACUAAGCUUACGUACGUUGAAAGUGUUCCCGCUAACGGAGUGUGUAACGUUAAAACCGUUGAAUACCACCUGUUUUCCAAGGUAGAAAAAUGCUGCAAUUUCGACGGAUUUCGAGAAAUAUGCUUUCACAUUGUCGAGUUAGUACAACGGGAAGAUUGUUUACGUGUGUUUCUCGGGCAACGUUACAUUUUGUAAAUGCUGCAAGGAACGAUAGUCUCUCGAAUCCACGAGUAUAGUGAAGAUUUUGCAUGCACGCAACCUUUCCUCUACAGCUCUGAGGAUUCUCGUGUGCCUCGUAAGUCGGAUCACAUUGUUUCCGAUACUUUCGAUGCAAGCCAGUAUUCUCCUUCCAAACCGACAAAAUCUCCGUUACUUGUUACUUGGAGGCGUCAAGUUGUGUUUGGAUCAUCAUAUGUCUUUCGUGUCCGCCGUAUUUUGUUCAACCGCAUCGGAAGAAUGACAGUCUCGGAAGAAAUGGCCACGGAGUUGGCAAGUAAGAAGGCCGAACGCGAGGCACUGCGUGGCGUGAUUCAACAAUGGAAUGCCAACCGCUUGGAUCUGUUCGAGCUUUCGGAACCGAACGAAGACUUGGAGUUUCACGGAGUAAUGAGAUUUUACUUUCAAGACAGUGGUCAGAAAGUCGCGACCAAGUGCAUCAGAGUAGCAUCGGAUGCGACGAGUCAAGCGGUGAUCGAAACUCUUAUCGAAAAAUUCCGUCCAGAUAUGCGAAUGCUUUCGGUUCCAGAAUAUGCCCUCUAUGAAAUUCACGAGAACGGUGAAGAACGUAAGCUCAGGCUGGAUGAAAAACCGUUGCUGGUGCAAUUGAACUGGCACAUCGACGACCGCGAGGGACGUUUCCUUUUACGAAGAAUCGACGACAAAACCAACGCUCAGGGCGUUGGUUUUUCUUGUUCAGACGGAUCCAGCUUUCGCAGAAAGCUGAGCAAACGCGAGAAGAAGCAAAUGAAAAAGCAAGAGAAGCUCAGUCGGUUGAAGAGUCUGGAACAGGACGAAAACGCGGUACCCGUUGAUCAGAAUGGAGUGGCGGAGAAACUGUAUACGGAGCUACCAGAAACUAGUUUUACCAGAAGCAUUUCGAAUCCAGAAGCUGUAAUGAGAAGACGACGACAACAAAAGCUGGAGAGAAAGUUGCAGCAAUUUCGCAGCAAAGACGGCGGUCCUGAUACGGGUGGAACGUUGAAGAUUUACGGCGAGGCGCUUUGCAAAGACGUCCCAUACAAAACGUUACUUUUAAGUGUACGGGAUUCGGCGGUUCAAGUUGUACGGGAAAUGCUCUCGAAAUACGGUUUGGAGAAGGUUGAUCCGCAACAAUAUUGUCUCGUGCAGGUGAACAGCGAACACGUGAGCGGAGGAACACAGCAGGAAUAUAUAUUGGACGACGAUGAAUGUCCUUUGGCCAUUCUUAUGAAUCAUCCUUCUGCACGGGGUUCAAUUAUGUUCCAUGUACGUAGAAGACCCGCGGAUUACGUGCCUCGGAAGCGCAAGAAAAAACCUAGCGGAAAGUGGAACGAGUUUGACCACAGGUACGAGGACGAGAGAUUACCAUUUUUGCUCGAAUUAAAUCCUGAUGGAAGUGACGUUCCGAAUGGAGCCGGCAUACGACACCGGUUGCAGCCUAACGUGACGGAGGUAGGCUCGGAAAGGCCCAUAGGUCCACAGGCUGUACAAGCUCAAACCCUAACAUUGACGGGACCGAUGGUCAUGCCGAGGCAUUGUGUGAUUGCUUUUACUGAAAAUAUUGUUACACUUACGCCUUGCUCCAGAGACGCUCACACAUACGUUAACAAUCAGAGGAUACAUCAGACAACGAUACUCCAGAACGGAGCUAUCGUCAAGUUUGGCAGACUACAUACCUUCAGAUUCAUCGACCCAGCGCCCGAGGAACGCAUCAGACAACGACACGAUUCCGGGAGGCAAAUCGAAUACGGCUACGACCGACGCUCCCCAGACUUGACCAAUCAAGAGACGAACGCGGAAAGAUACGGGUCUGCGUCCGGAACUCCGAACGGUGGUCAGGUUCAAGGUCAAGGCCAGGGCCAGCCGGGUCAGGAUCAACCGUCCCAUCCGUCUAGUCCGAGCAAGUCCGCCGCGUCUGGCACCGCCGCAGUUUCCCUCGCUCGAAGCCCGAAUCACGCGCCGGAAUCCACGCACAAUUACGAAACUACCUUCGAUCUCGAUGGGAACGUUGAGACCGCCAGUCUGACCAGCAGCAGGGACGGUAACAGAACGUUGCAAAACGAUCGACAACCACGCGGAACGGAUCCGAUAUUGCCGGCUGUGCUGGAGUUUCUCGAGGAAACGGAGGAGACCUUCUUUCAUGCUGUGAUCACGGAUGUGGAGCCGUCUGCGCCUCAGUUUAAACUCGCGCCAACGUACACGCUUUACUUGGCGGCGAGAUAUCGCGCGAGCACGCACUAUAGACCGGAGUUGCAACCUACGGAGAGGGCGCAUAGAUUGACGGUGAUGUUGGCGAACGUCGCCGGUAUGAUACAACGAGUGAUACAGGAACGGUACAUGGACGCGUCCUCCUUGGCUCUUUGGUUGGCGAACGGAUCGGAACUGCUGAACAUGCUAAAAAAUGAUCGACACGUAGGGGCGUUCUCGACGAGGGCACAGGACAUUUUGACGGAGGCGGUUCACGCGGCAUUCGCGUCGUUGGUGCGCUGCAUUUCUCUGGAACUUGCGCCGGCGAUGUCGCAGUUCAUGGCGGACGCCGACGAGCCCGCCAAGGAAGCCGGGGUCCUGCAAAUAUUCUCGAGCACGAUGGCUCUGCUGAGGCGGUGCCGAGUGAACGCCGCCCUCACGAUUCAGUUGUUCAGCCAUCUGUUUCACACGAUAAACGCAACCGCGUUCAACGCGUUGGUCUCGAACACGAACUUGUGCGUAAGGUGGUUCGGUCGUCGGCUGAAAGCGAGAUUGAACGCUCUCGAGACUUGGGCCGAGAGGCAGGGCCUCGAGCUUGCGAGUCAGUGUCACCUGGCGACGAUCAUGCAAGCGACCCAUCUCCUGCAAGCGCCGAAAUAUAACGCGGAGGAGCUCGCCACGUUGAGCUCCACCUGUUUUAAGCUUAAUUCCCUCCAAGUCAGGGCGUUGUUGCAAAAGUAUCAACCAGCCGCGGACGAGCCGAGACUUCCGGCAGAGUUGAUCGAAAACGUAGUAAAGGUGGCGGAAAGCGUGGCCGAUACGCUCGCGCGUGCCGAUGGUAGAGAAAUUCGACUCGAGGAGGAACCCACGCUAGCGUUGGCUCUUCUUCUUCCGGAGGACGGAUACAGUUGCGAAGUAAUACGCGGAGUACCACCGGGUUUGGCUGAAUUUCUAGCUCCCUUGCAACGAGACGGUUUGUGUCGAAUGGCGCCACAGCCUACGAGCAGUGGAUACUGGACCAUAUAUAUGAUAGAUCAUCACAACAACUUUCGUAGUCCCAGUGCGAUGAGUAACAGGUCUGGAGGCUAUUCGUGUCACACUGGACCUAGCUCGGCUCAGCCAGAGAUUCACGUAAUAAAGUUACAUAAAUCGACCAAUGGAAUGGGUUUGAGCAUCGUCGCAGCAAAAGGUGCUGGUCAAGAUAGGCUCGGAAUAUACAUAAAGAGUGUCGUUGCAGGCGGUGCUGCUGAUGCUGAUGGUAGACUAACAGCAGGCGACCAGUUACUUAAGGUGGACGGACAAAGUUUAGUCGGAAUUACUCAAGAAAAGGCUGCCGAAUAUUUGGUGCGUACCGGACCGGUAGUAACCCUCGAAGUUGCCAAACAGGGUGCCAUAUACCAUGGUUUGGCCACUCUACUGUCGCAGCCUUCGCCUGUUAUGACCAGAGCGCACAAAGCCCGACCCAAGUCCGAGCAUUUGGAAGCUCCGAAGGCGCAGGAAGCGAACGAGCAGCCGUCUACAUCCCAUUCGAUGGGUAAUUUGUUGACCGUACCGAGGCACGCGAUCGAUUCGGUCCGUUCGAUCGAUCCAGUACCAUCAGAUCGUGGCUCGAUCGUCGGGCGCAACGAAGCAAUCUUGGUACAACGAGUUUGUCCGUCGCGGGAAGAAGAAGCUUCGCUUCGUGCGGCUCUCUGUUCGUCUCUCGGGACUCUGCCUGCGUCUACUCGAGGCCAUUCUUACGUUCCGCUUAAUGAUCCGCGUUCUUGGACCGAUCGUCUCCCCCCAACCGAUACAAACGUUCGACAAACCUGUCCGCAAAUACAGGUCGCGGAUAACGAUCAUACGUCUAUCGACGCGAACGAAUCCUCGACCGUGGAAAGCAAACUCGACAGCUUCUCUCUCGACUCGAUACCUUACAUCGAUCAGACGGAUGAUACUUGGCUGGAUGAAUCGAACGAUAGCAUAAACGAUCAUCAGACUGAGACUGCGACCACCAUGUCAAGGUCCUGUUCCAUCGAAUCGCUACGUCGACUCGACGUGCGAGAACCAACGACGACGAUCAAGCAACAGCCUUUCGAACAAGAAACGAGGGACACUGAUUUAACAUUAGAGAAGUUAGAAAUAGAAACGCCUACCUCGACGAGUAGUUCGUUGGAUAGAGAAUCGAUGGAGUGUGAAACGAGAGAGAAGAGCCAAGCGUUUAAUGUCUCAAGGGUGUACACCACGAUCCCGGAAUUAAAUCUCGAUUUGUCUGGCCUGGACAGCGACACGUCCAGCGACGUGUCGAGCUUCGAGAAAUGUUGGAAAUCGCCGGAAGAAGUACGCCUUGGAUGUGGCCGGGUGGCGGCUCUGGCUAAACAUUUUUCCAAGCUCGGGAACGCUGAGUCGGUUGUGUCGAGAUCGAACACAGUCAGGCUGGGAAACGAUUCCAGAAGAUUUGCAUCCGAGCCGAACUUUGUCUCGCCGGAAGUAUACGAGACAAGACCCGGUCAUCGUUUCUCCGUUGUUGGCAAAGAAUAUCUGUCCGAAUUGGAUUUGCGGAUGAGCAGCGAGGAGUACGCGCGACACGGUAGCGCGAUCGAGGAUAUUAUGACCAAGAAGAAUGAAAAAUCGACGAGCAGCAAAGAGAAAUUGUCGUUGUCGGAGCAACGACGAAUAAUAGAACAGCUCGAAGAAAUGUCCAAUCUCGACGACGCAGUCGUUCAUCCCUGUUCAUCUUGCGAAAAUAUCGCCACGUCUUCGGAUGAUAUUCUUUAUGAAAAUUUGGAUUUGAACGUGAACGAGCACAGUGACGUUCAGGAUGACUAUACGGAGGAGAAGUUAUUCGACGCUCGAUUUCCAAGGCAAUUUUCGAGCUCUUAUCCAUGUUUGAAGAAAAUCGAUUUACUAAGAGGCAGAGAAAAUAAGAUAGAACGACGCUCGCAAAGUUCUUUCGUCGAUGGUGAAUCACGACAAGCAAGUGACGCAAAAUUCUAUUGGGUUAUCCAUGAAUUGAAAAACAGUUCGUCUCAAGAUUUGAGAUCGUGCACCCAACGAAAGGAGGAUCGUACCUCUAUCGAGACUCGACCAGAGAGUAACAACGACCAGGAAGAACGUACUAUAAUUCCUGGUGACGAUUCUGCCAACGAUUCGACCAAAUAUCGACAGAAAUCGAUCUAUCCAAGAUCAAAUCGAACCUGUCUAGAAGUUGGUUCUGUUUUACGACCUCGUCGCAUGAGUGAACGAGAUUUACCGUCGCGACUUGGACGCGACGCAACCGCUCCUCAGCAACAAAUACAUACCAGCAAGUCCGUGCCAGCGUUGCACAACGUUGGCACCGACGGGAAACAACAACACGAGGUAUUCAAUCCUGGUUACAGCAGAGCAUCGUCCAGCAACAGCGUUACACCACCGGUUACCCAACCACCGUCGAUGACCGCAAUCAACGGUACUACAUCGCUGCGUUCUCGCUCGAGUCAUAAUUUGCAUGACCCGAUAAGGAUCGGAACACUACCGCCAAGCGGACUUGUAAGUAGACAGCAAUCAUCGCCGAAUUUAAAUCCCGGUCAGACGACCGCGAGCAGCAAUAGUUCGACGACUGCCAUCGGAACAGGCUCCGCAAAUAUUCUUCAAAGCAACGAAGCCGAACGAUUUUAUCAGAACUUGAGUGUCUACAGAAAUCAAGACGCAACGGCAAAACAGCGAUAUAGCCCUUCUCAACACUCGGACGAAAGAAAUCCACUCCAGUUGCAGAAGAGUUCGAGGGGCUCUCAGAAUUCUUUAAAUCGUCCAGGUACGUUCGAAACGAGCCAACCUAGGGAUCGACCGAUAUCCGCCUACGUAUCGCAAGCUCAGCAACAGUCUUACUUCGGUGGCCAAUCGCAACAACAAGGCAACGCGGCGCCUCCGAGAUCGCAAUCCUCGCGGGACAUAAUACGACAGGAAGCGAAGCUUCAAGAGAUGCAAGAGGAAGUCAGGAGACGCGAAUUGCGAGGUGGCGUACCGAUCCCCCCGAAUCAGUGUCGACCUGCCACGUACAACAUAAAAUCUAAUAUGACGCAACAGUCGACCAAUACGGUCGUUCGACCGACGAAAUCGAUCAGUUCUCAGCCAAAUUUCGGAUCAAAUACGCCGGUGGCGGUGUCCUCGCCGACGAUUUCGACGGCUGGUCAUGCCGCGAGGCAAACGACCGCUGCAAAUUACGGUUACAUGGACUCGCAUUACGGACCGUACGUGGUCCAGUAUGGCAAGUCUCCGCCCACGCAUCAGCAUCAGCAUCAACAUCAGUAUCCGCAUCAGCACCAGCAUCAGCAUCAACUUCAGCCGCAGCCUCAGCUUCAAUCGCAGCAUCAGCACCAGCAUCAACAUCAAAAUAUGCAACAACAAAACCUUGGACACGUUCAGUACAACACCCAACCGACGAGGGGAAAGAACGACUCGACUCGAUUGCAACCGAACGGGAUGUCGCUUGACUACGGAAGGGAUCAAGGUGGUCAAGAAAUUGGUAGACCGUAUGCCGACCAAACUCGGCACUUUGCUGCUGGAUCGCAGUAUUAUUUGAACGGCGGUUCGGAUGCGCGAAGCGAUCAGUAUAUCAGUGAAAACGGCACGAACAGAACGCAAACUUUACCGGAAGGAACCGCGUCCAUCCAGCCGAAUGAAAUUGCUCCUAUACGACCUGUACUUCCCGAGGAUGGAUUCAGAGAAAGUCCUCCGCCCCCACCACCGAACACGACUCAUCCUCUCUACAACAAGCAAUCGGAUUCGAGAUACACGGCGAGCAUGCAAGAUCCUCCUCGAGGUGGAUAUUACCCGGCAAAUGGAACGGCGGGGACUACUUUGCAACCGCGACAAUAUCAAUACAGCGCUACAAAUCCUUGGCAGCGAGAAGAAAGGGAAAAGGAACAAGCGCUGAGGAGGGAAGCUGCGAGACAGUGGCGAGAUCAACAAAUAGCGGAAUUGAGUGCAUUGCCUCAUAGAACCUCGCAACAGGAGGAGCAGCUUCGAGCUCUCCAGUUGGAAAGAGAUUUCCAAAAGAGAGCUGAGGAAGUUGCUAACCAGCAAGACGACGAAGAGGAAAGUAACGAUCUGGAUGCUGAAAGCAUGCAGCGAGUUCAGGGUUUGCUUCGUCCAACUACGACUCAAGAGCGAGGAAAUCUGCCGGAACAACAUAAUCCUAAUUUGUCCAGGGUGAACGUUGCCAGUCAGUCUGCUCGUGGUAGCCACGGUGUUCAAUCUCUCGGUGGAUCGAUGCAUUCUACGAGUGUUACCGCGCACAGUGUCGGUGCUCAGCAAUGCUCGCAAAGCAUUUCAAACAUCUCUUUAAGCCAGCAAGAAAACUCUGGCUCUCACUUGUCCCAAAAUCUCCAACACGAACAUACCAAUCAAGUACAAAACGCUGUCGGGCAAAUACCGAUGUCAUCCUUGAUUCAGUUGGCUACUUCUCAGAAGUCCUGUUCUCUUGGCAUUCCUCAGUCCAUCGAGGACAAAGAAAUUCAGCGCAGGCAGGAUGAGAUCAAAAGAAAGCAGAUCGAAUUCGACGAAACUUUAAAACGGAAGGAAGAAGAGGCUAAACAACAACAGAUCCAACACAUAUAUCAGCAGCAACAGCAGCAGUAUUUACAACAAUCGCAAUCCCAUCUUAAGAAUCAACAAGUAUUACAUCCUAGUAUGUUGCGGUUGGAGAAUCUGGUUAUCAAUGGACCGAAUACAACCUCAACCCAAAAUGGUAAUAGUGACGCACCUUUGCCACCGGAACGGGGCUCUAGCUAUGCAGUGAUGUCGCAACAAGGUGCUCUCAGACCGAAUAGCGUGAACGCGUCUAAUAUGAUGCCAUUGGCCCAUCCUCAACAGCCAACUUCCAUUAAAAGAGUCUCGUUUCACGACUCGAACGCGAAUCCGGCGGAAGCUAUGCAACGAAACGUUUCGACUGGAAAUUUAAGCACACCGCCAUCCACAACUAUGGAUAUUAUCGCGGAAGAUCCAAAUAAUUUCAUCAACGAUGCGGAAAAUUUAUUGGCGUCUCCAAAGACACCGGAAGGAUCUGGUAUUCCAAGUACCGGCAGCACACCUGGCGUGAUAGGUGCUCAGGAAGUUUACAAGGAUCCGAGGCAAAGACGAUUGGCCGAGAAGCAAAAACUGCAACAGAAUUCUCAAAUCGGGCCGGUACCUGAGAAACUCAGCUUUAAAGAAAAGAUGAAAAUGUUCGCGAUGGAAACCGGCGAAGACGGGACACCUCGUGAUAAAGUGAAGAUUUCACGCGCCCAACGCGAAAUUGAUAACAUAGGUAAUCCUACAGCCCUAAACAGCAAUAACAACAGCACCAACAACAAUAACAACAUUGGUAGCAAUACUUCUAUCGCCAACAACAAUAGCAACAAUAGGAAUUAAGACUGAAAUCCUAAAUCAAUUUCAUUCGUAAGCACGUCGUGUAGUUACUGGCGCAAAUAGAUGGGGUGUUACGUGGAAUCAUUCCAACCACCGUUUGCAGAGUUUCUGGCUAAAACUACGUACCUACGAAGAACGCAUACGUAACGAUUAAUAACAAGAAUUAUUUCGGACAAACGUAAUUGUACACUGUCGAAUCGUUUCUCGUCCUCGUGGCAGACCACGUUCGAUGUACUCGAUUCGUAAUCUCUUGAUCAAUUUAACGUUAACAUUGAAAAAUUUACACGCAACGAACAAAGCUUACGAGAAUUAUCGCUCCGUAACUUAAAACUAUUACGUUGACUUCGCCUAGGCAGCGUACAAUAAAGAUUAUAUUUUACGAAUGUACAUAGAUGGUAUUAGUAUAAUUUUUAGAACUACUUGUUAUUUACGAUGUUGUUUCAUAUUUAUAUUUGAUAUCGCACGUAUCGUACCGAGUACGGAGCGUCUCGACGUUACGCGUAUGCACGUUUUCAUUAUUCAGCCAAGCGGCACGAAAGCUUUAAUGCGAUCGUUCGAUAGAACGUGCGCGCGCGCGCGGACUAAUCAAACAGGCAGCUUUAAAAUAAGACUAUACAAGUAGAAAAAAAAAGAUACGCGUCCGACCCAAGGCAGUUUAACAAUUUUUAACUACGGUUGGGCUGUUACGCGUUGUAGGCCUACCGCGUUGAUAGUUGUCCGUCUUCCGCUUUCGUUCCAUUCUAUUUUGUUUUAAUCAACCUUUAAAUACUACGCAAGGUUCUAGGGACCCCGGCGUAUAUUUAUUUUUGGUAUUUCAAAAUGAGAAAAAAACGCGUGCGCUAGGGAUUCUAUAUAUUUUUCUUAUAGACGGAUGAUUUUCUUUCUUUUCUUUUUCUUUUUUAAUAUGAACGUCAAAAGUUGUGUGCAUAGUAAUUACAGGUUUAUUCUAUCGACGGUCACACAUUGUUCCAUUCCACGUCUAUUCUUAUCGACGAUGACCAAUUAGAUAAUUAUUUUUUCUUAAGUAAUUCAAAGGAAAAAAAACUCUCGAAGGAAGAACAUAGAAUGACGAUUAGUGUUAAUUGUGCAAAAUAGUCCACUUAUGCUUAUACACGUAAUGCGCGAUGAGGUAACAGUCUAGUUAUUACGGUUUUUUUUUUCAACAUUUUUGUUCGUCACAUUGGUUUUGCUAGUAUGUGGAGCAAGCGGACGAUUGCGACACGCGUUAACGAGACAUGUGUAGUAAAGUAUCUUCUUUGUUGUGUAUAGCAAGCAUGUGGUACAUUUGCACUAUAUUUGUUGUAAUGUACUUCACGUUCUGUCGAAACGAAAAUUGAUUUCGUUGGUGACUUAAAGCAAGUACUCUGCGAUAGUAAACCUUAUUAUCAAGUAUUGUCACAAUUUAUUAUCCUAUACAUUACCGAUUAUAUUUUUAAAGAUCACAUAUUUUUUAACUAUUGUAAAGAAGUAUGAUGCGAAUGAGAAAUAUAAGAGUCACUUGUAAUUUCAAAAAACGGUGGAAAAGAUACGCUAGACGAAGUUAAAGUUAUUCGUCCAUUGUAUUUCGGUGGGAUGUGUGUAUGAACACAACGAAAUUUCAACAACGUUAGGAGUAAAAGCGAUAACAGAAUUUUUGGCAAUGUACAGGGAGAAAUCUUUGUUGCACGCAAAGGAAGGCAAAUAUUUGUACACACAUUAGUAAAUUCGUAAAAAUAGUAAUACAGAAACGCAUCUCGUGUAUCGUCCAUUUGCAACUGUUUGGAGUGCUGUCCAAUCUUGAAAAAAUGGAAGAGACUAUACAGUAUUUAUCUUCUUUGAUUAUUUUAAAUCAUCGCUAUUGGAAAUUUUAUAUUUUCUGUGUAGAUGUAGUUACCGAAUGAUUUUAACAUCUGUACAAAAUAUAACGAACGAAUAAAUUUAAUUUGUCUAGUGUGUAAUUACCUUUUUCAUCACCGUGUGUUUUUGUAAAGUAUUUUAGCAGCUAGAAAAUUUCCUCGAUCGUUUUAUCAACCA